CUGCUGUCAGCCACUGCAAACACUUGGCCACCAAUGGUGGGUUUUGAGGUGAUGACACGUGAGUUACGCAGGGUCACAGGCUGGGGCUGCUCUAUAAAGUGAGAGCAGGCAGCUCUGGGUGUCCUGCAGCAGCAUCACGCCGUGGGUCCUGCCUGAGACACAGUGAAGCCCCUGCAGCCGCUCCCACCCAUGGAGCUCCUCGCCCUGCGCUGGGUGCUGCUGGCCGGCACCUUGCUCAGCACGUCGGCCACCAGCAGCACCCUGCAACAAGGUGACCUCGGCCCCAUCGCAGUGCGGAUGGACAUGGCCAAUGAAUCCUAUGAUGACCAAUACAAUGGCUGUGAGGACAAGAUGAAGGCUCGGCUACCGGAGUUGAACCGUACAGAGAUUGACACAAACAAGCCCUAUGCUACGACCUGGAAGAAAGCAUCUGCAGAAUGGCAGCAGCGCUGCCGCCGUCUCUCUGACUGCCCGCAGCUGACCCAGGAUCAGGCCAUCGCUGUGCUGGCGUACAGUGCUGCAGGUGGGAUGUGUCAGCAGUUCAAUGAAGCCACCCGUCAGGGUGGGCGCUCCCACAAGCACUACCUCAAUUCAUACCACUUCAAGGUGCUGCACUUCCUCCUGACCCAGGCGCUGCAAGCCCUGCAGAGAUCACAGCCCGACUGCCACAACGUCUACCGCGGUGUACGGGGCAUCAAUUUCACUGCCGAAAUAGGCAAGGCUGUGCGCUUCGGCCAGUUCACCUCCACCUCCCUAUGGAAGAAUGCCACAAAGAAGUUUGGCAACGACACCAUCUUUGUGGUGAAUACCUGCUAUGGUGUCCCCAUCAAGAAACUGUCCUUCUUCAAGGAGGAGAAUGAAGUCCUCAUCCCACCCUUUGAAGUCUUCAAGGUCACCAACUUCACCAGAAUAAAUGGCAAACCCCAAAUCCAACUCCGCUCUAAUGGAACACUGAGCAGACACAACUGUGAGCUUGUGAAGGAUCAGGGUGGGCAGUGGGGUCAGGACCACCAGGAGGUGGGGUUGGGGCUCAGCCCUGGGCUGGCUCUGUACUCCCUGCCCUGCCCCAGACCUGUCUCGAAUGGAUGGGGGCACAGAGAGGGUGGCCCCAUCCCAGCAGCUCUGUAAGGGGAUGGGGAGUGUGGAGGUGAAGGGAACGUCUCUGUUUGUGGGGAGGUGGGAGGUGGGAGAUGGGAAGCUUGAGCAACUUAGAGCUCUGUGAAGCCGUGGGGUGUGCAGGGGAAGGGCAGCAGCAGAAUCCAAGUGUGGGGAUGGGUAGAGACGUGUGCCCAAGGGCCGGUGGUGUG